GGUGGUGCAUGUGAAAAACGGCGCCCGUCCACACGGCAGGGACCGGGUUCAAAUCCCAUCCGGACCGUCUCCCCGUAGCAUGGACUGACUAUCCUGCUACGUGGUAAAAUAAGUCUUGAUACGGCCAGGCCGUUCUAACCGAGCAAAAAAAAAAAAUAUUUUUUUUUAAUUAGACACUGUAGUUCUUUUUCAUGAUUUCAUCAAUUCAUUGUGCUUAUAACUAUAACAUUAAGAUCUGAAACAUAUAGUCCAUUACGAUAGCCCUAGUUUUGUGGCCAUGAUAUUAAGCAUAAUGGUUUUCAUUUGGUUUUAUCACGAAACAUUGCUUAAUUGGUUGUCUAUGUUCUCAUCGGUAUUUGUCAGUAAUAAUUAGAGCGUUUUGUUUGUAAUAGAGCUGGUGCAAUUAAACAGAUAAUUACAUAAAUAAAUAUCAAAAAGAUAUUGAAUUAACUGCCUCUUUUGUAAGCUUCAAUGGAUUUUGUCUCAUGCAAUCCGUUACUAUCAAUUAAUAGAAUGCACGGUUCACAGGGAAAGCUGAACAUUUUAAUCACCUAUGGAAAUGAUAUGAACCACUAGAGGACAAAUUUAUAUCAUCUUGAGAUAAGAACAUCCAGUUUAAUUCUGACUAAUAAUGCGACUACCUGAUAAAUAUGAAUCUAGUAAUCGAUUAUAUGACUUUUUUCAUGCCUACCAGCUGGCUAUGUGUGAGUUUCCAUAAUUUAUCCAUAGUUGUAGAGUCAGUCCAGCGAUCAAUUUGACCGAGAUCCAGAACAUACAUAUAUACAUACAUAUAUGUUGUUCAGCCGUGCAGUACGGAAGCAUUUUAUUGUUUAAUGGGGCAAAUUAUUCAUUCAUUUCUUCAUUUUUUGUGACGUAUUCUUUUUCAUGUAUGUGUGUGUGUGUGUGUGUGUGUCUGUUAUGAGUGUAAUAACUAGCUUAUUAGACUUAUUUUUAUGGACCCCACACAUGCGCAGCAGAUACUUUAACAUAUGCCUCAUUAACAUUUAUCCCGCUACCAAAGACAAAGAGAAACAGGAGAAGGAUCUGUUUUACGGCAGGCUCGCAAGAAUUUUUGACCAAUGUCGCAGUCAUAACUUCAACAUAGGAUGAUGAGAGACUUCAGUGUAAACGUCGGUCGGGAAUCGAUGUAUCACUUAUCAUUAAUAGUUAAAGUCUACAUGAGCACAGCAAUGACAGUGUUAGUAGAUUGGUUCAGUUUGCAGCUGUAUACAAUUUGGUUAAGUAUAAAUUUGUGUUUCAGGACAUCCACAAAGCCCUGGAUGGAGCCAUUAACAAACAGAUCUAUCACGUGUUGAUAAGCCGUCGGAAACAGUCGAACUGCCUGUUGAACGUCACAUACUUAUCGAGGGGUCGAUUUCGAUCACUAUUUGGUUGGCCUACCAAUACGAUACAAAACCUCUCAUCCCCGCGUCUAUGAGGGCGAAGUAAAUGCGGACUCCCUUAAAUGACAUUCAUGUCCAGGAGACAUGCUUAACCGACGCUCUAGUAUCAUAGAACAAGAGACGAGCGCUCUAAAACAAACAUUAUCAACUGUACCAAAGCCAUAAUCCAACCACGUCGGGACAACACCAGAUCUGGAUGGCUCGUAAGAUCUGCGCAUACCGAGUAUUGCAGCAACGACAUAGAACGUUUACAUACUUAGGGGAAUAUGCACGGCUCCCACUAGAGGUUGUUUCGCCGCACUAAGAAACAACACUGUGAGCAACAGCAGUUACGCGAAUUUUAAAUAAUCGGAAUACGUUACGGAUCCGGGAACAAAAUCUUGCAAAGAGACAGCAGAACCGCAGGAAGGUAGGUGGUGUAUGUAAUAAACGGCGUUGGUUCCACAUUACAGGACCUGGUAUCAAACCCCGUUUGGAUCAUACCUGCGUAACAAGAACUGGUUAUCUGGCCACGUAGUAAAAAUAAGUCUUGAUAUGGCCCGGCCGUUCCUAGCAAAUAACACCAUGCUACUGCCACAUACCAUUGAAGAAACACUAAAGGCAAACCGAAGGCUUAUGAAUAAUUAGGCACCAGGCACCGAAGGAAUAAUAGACGAACUGAUAAACAAUGGGAGUGCAGUACUGGAACAUGAUAUUCAUAAAAUUGUUACUGAGGUAUGGGAUAAUGAAUCGAUGUCUUGUGAUUAGAAUCUUGGAAACGUCUACGCCAUAUAUAAGACGAUAGAUAAGCUGGAGUGUUACAAUUACGGAGUUGAUAUCGACUACAAUAUAUUUUCCUUGAUAAUACAAGAUCGACUUCUGUCAUCCGUAGCAGAGAUACUAGGAAACUAUCAAAGAGGAUUCCGAAACGGGAAAUGAACCAUUGAAAAGAGCUUCAUCAUGCGGCAGACUUUGGAAAAAUGGUGUAGCAACAGCUCCGCUCCUUCCAUCUCUGCAUUAUGUUUCAUGAUGCAUAGCAAGAGGUAAAAUUUCUCUUUUGUAAUAACGGCCAAGCUUAUUAGACUUCUACGAAUGACAAUGAAUAACGUCACAUGUCAGACGAUGUUGGAUAGAAAACAUUUAGGACCAUUUGCUACCACCAAAGGUUUACGCCAAGGAGAUGAGCCAGCCUGACUACUCUUCAACCUAAAGAGGCCCAUCCACGACUCACAGAUGGAAACUUCUGGGAAAAUCUUCUAUAAUUCAAUACAGCUCCUGGCAUAUCCUGGUGAUAUAUACAUCAUUACUAUAUUGCUCUCCUGUGUAACGAAUUGCCAGAGGAUCGAGCAGACGACGGAACAUUUUUGGCUAGAGCUUAAGGCGUUGAUCUAAUGUAAUGGUGGGCAACAAUUUUGUUGGCAAAAUGUAUGGUUUUGAAAGCUCCUGAAACAUUUGUUAUCGACAAUUCUAAUUCAACUUGAAUUUGCCACCAAAAAAGCCUGCAAAUUGUUAAACAUUUUAGGCUUAAAAUGUUUUAACAUUUGAACAGUGCUGCUGAUCCUUGACCAUCACUUUUUCCUCCUAAGAAAUGUAAUGUACUUGUUGUUGUUGUACGUGCUAGGGUGUUGACUGUCAACCAGUCUGAGGAAACUUCUCCCCUCAGACUUGCCAGGAGCUGAUAGGCUGGUCAUGUCAUUAGCAUAGCACUGCGGACAACCCAGCUCGUAAUAUAUUUUUAGUUUGUCCUAACUCAGAGGGAACGAUCUGGAUGAUCUCCAUCUUGUCCAGGUACUUAUUCACCAGUUUGCCUUUCGUUCUUUACUUUCGUUCUCCUUUUGAAAUUCUGCAUCAUUUUAUGGUCCCUUGUGGCAUUAUACUCUGUUCUUUGUCCACAAGUGAUAAUACCUUCUCAAAAAUGUCGAAUUUGCUAAACUCGGUGGACACGCCAAGUAAAACAUCUUCGUUCUAGUUUGAAGUCUAGCUUUUUUUUACAAAUAUUUGAAAUGAGCUAUCCGAUUAUUUUCGAAGUGAUGUUAUAUGUUACAAUUUACAAGUUAAUGUAACAAAUGAAGUGAUUGUUCAAUCGCCAAAUUUUGGCUGAGCAUAUUAGGAAAGCCACAGAAUAGUAACAUAGGUGAAUUCGUUACUAGGAAUUCGUAUGACAAAUCAUUACAAUUUUCAAAUUUCGUGGACAAACUUAUAAAAACUACAUCUAUCACUUUGUUUUGCUCUACAAUGAUAAUGAUGAACAAUACGAAGAGAGUUAAAUACGGUUACAUUCUGGUUUUAUUCCUCUGGAACGUUAUGUACAACGAUUCUGAUGAUGACCCCUUUACGUCGUACGUGCAGCAUACACAAUGCAAUACUUUUUAUGUCAAUACGCAGACCCAGGUUAUGCAGUAGUAGUGAACAGUUAUCAACGAGACGGUGAUUUCAUCCAUCAUUCGACUAAUAUUUACUUCCCAAACAAUUAUUGUACACUGCCAAUAUGCGUGAAAGUUGAUCCAAUCCUAGCACAUUAACACACUUUUUCUACUGCAUAAGGUAGAUGGUAAUGUACUUAGUAUUGACUUGGUAGCUGCUCUACGAACAUUCAAUACUGAAUGAAGUGGUGGACAGUAAAAUGAGUAAAAUCACAAUAGUAUUGUCGAAGAAGCGGAAUGGAUGUGGUAGCGAUAUGUUUACUGAUUUUGAAACAGACGUGUCGUUUUUGGUAUUGGAUGCCUUCGGUGGCCGUUACUCAUUAUUAGCCAAAAUAGUGCCUGAACGGUUGUAUGAGACGCGACAUGCAUCAAUAAGUUCCAUUUAGAAAUGAAGAACUGCUUGAUUUUGGUUUUGGUUCCUCAUGGAUCAUAAAGAAAACAUGCAAAAUACUAUAUGAAAAGAAGUUGCAUGUGUCGCAAAUAUUUCUUCUACUUACUGCACUUUUCGAUUAUGAAAAUCCAUUCAGAGCAUUCAUCAUCUGUUGGUAGGCGAGGGGAGUGUUAUUCAUUUUCUUUUAUGUUUAGUUAUAUUUUUUCCCAAUAUUUCUCGAAUUUGAAACAACAGUUCUGAAACAUGAUCGCGCAAGUUUGUAAACAAACCACGCAUUAAAUGUCAAACUGGCUCCCAAAAUGGCGCAUUGUGAAUGUCAUGCGUUUCUAUGCGCCUGCACAACCAACUUAACCAUUUGCAGUAUUUUAUGCGCUAGUGUGCGUAACAUCUGCUGCAGGGCUGGAGGAUAAUAAAAAAUGGAAUAAAUAAUUGAAAACAAUAUUAAAAUUCACAGUGAUAUUGUUACACUUUUCUUGUACACCAUGAAAUGUAAAUUUGGUUUUAGUAGUUUUUGUAUACAGACCGUAAAUCAAUUACAAUACAAAAACAUAAAUGAUCUUUAUAGUAGCACAGCAACUAACCCUGCAAUAUUCUUUGUUACUGCGUAUAAGCAUAACUAUGAAGUGAGAAAAAGUGAGGGAGAGCGAGAUAGCGAGACACACAUUAAAGGGAUGGACAGCGCAAGAUAGAGUGAACAAGAAGGGAAAAAAUGUCAGCAUAGCAAAUGAAAGCAAACUGCUUUCCUUAUUGCUCAGCAAUUCGUUUCACGGCAGAGAAACUGUUCAAGCUGCUGGUGCAGAUUACGCCUCUGCCUGCGCUUGUUUGUCAAAUUUGUGUAAUAUUAUCAUGCUCAUCAGCCAGCAAGCAGUGUGUGACAUUACAGUGAUUGUGCGGAAAGAUGUGUAACAUGGGUGUACGCGAGUGAUAAUGUUAUAACUACAUCCAGUGGCCAACAUUCCAUGCAUCGCGAUCCGCCCCACAGAUGCUGCCACCAAUUCAUUUAACAUCUUCCAUUUCUCUCACACGUCCAUUGUGCGUUAUUCCGAAGGAGCGAGUGCGCGUCAUAACCCCGAGCAUAUAAACAAAAUUCCAUGGCUGAUGGCUGUUGAUCCAAUGUGUGCGUGAACGGAUUGGUACGUUUCGGACCGAGCACCUUUUUAAGCCUUAUGUUUUGUCGCUGGCUUUAAUCAUAUGAACUCACGGAAAGGGAAGGACAAAUAUGGGAUGGUGUAUCAAAGAACUUUCCACACCGAGCAUAGGUACAUGAUUCAUAAUUAAACAGCAUUUCGAUUAGUGCUGCUGAGCAGUGUUUGGCUUGGUAUUCGUGAUGAUUCAUCCAUUAUUUUCAACUCAGAAGAUUCAGUACCAAUCUCGCGUCAUAAGCUUAUCGGACGAUAGUGAAACUAGUGUGUCAUUUGUGCUGAGUUCUCGUGCAUCUUAGAAAAGGUGGAAAUAUUUAUACGAAAAAAAAGCAAAUCGUAGUUAAACGUAUGGCUUCAGACACAUCGUUUUCCUCGUCGGCGGAUUCGACGCGUAGAAGAUCGACGUUUUAUGUGCCAUUGACGAUCGCAAGCCACCAGUUAUCCGAAGGGACUGUGUGUAAAGAUGGUAACAUAGCGGCGGAUGCGCCUGCUGCUGAGAAGCGCACAAAUCACAUAGAAGCAGAAACUUCCACCCUAGAUGACAUUAAGCAUCUUUCCAUGGAGAGCAUUUACCAGCCGGACCUCAGUGUAUGUAGCUUCGGCUGGAGUAUAGAUGAGUCGUGUCAUGAAAAUUUGGAACCAGUGGCUGGCCAUAGUGAACAUGAGAACAAACUAAAACGAUACGGUGUGGUUUUAAAUGCUAGUGUAAAUAUAGACGACGAUGAAACAAAGUGCCAUCAUCAACAACAGACGCCGCGUCACCACCAAUCCAACACGUCCACACCGAUUCGAUUAGGGCAGUCGCGAAGCCGAAAUAAUAUCUUAUCCUCUAACCUGACGAAUGAUAGUGGAAUCACCACCGCCGAGCCCGGAACAGGUCGCAGUGGUAUCAUCUAUGGUUUGAUGAAAAGCGAACCACCGGUAAACGAUGCAGUACUGGCGGUAAAACAUAAAUCAAAAACAUUGCCACAAAACAUGUCGCUUGCUAAUUCUAUGCCUGCGAAGAGUUCAUUUUUACUCCAUUCCACACCACGCAUUUCGUCCGAUAGCUCUUUCGACGCUAAAAACUCUGGCAGCAUAGUUGGACUGUCGCCCGAACCAACACUACCGCCGGCAAUGACUUAUAUGUUUAGUCCAAAAAAAUCGCUUAGCUUCAUUCGGCGAACCCAUUCCACUAAACUUUCAAGGAGCAACUCAUUGCUGAAAAGCCUUACGUCCAAGUGUGUCGAUCAAAGUGCGGCCAAUGCAAGCUUGCUGCAAGUACCGGUAAAAGAACUGGAGUACGGUCGUUUGUGCCGGCUACUGGAACAACCGCUCAAGCUAGAUCAGAAGAUCAGAGACAUAUUUAUCUUGUGCAAAGACGAAAAAGAAGAGGAAAAUGCUGUACACUCAGAUACUUCGUACGAAAAGGCGUGUCGUCGGGGAUCAGCACCGAACACGCCUGUCAUGGGCCAGAAGGUGGAAUCGACAUCAAGAUUUACGAAUUUCUUUUCCAAAAGGUCCUUUCGAUCGAUACCACUAAAGCGGACAAAAUCAGUUAUCAAGCUGGACCGCUCCAAACGCGGCCAAGGCGGUAUAAGAGGAUCUAGAUCGCAUGAAAGUCUGCUGUCGAAUCACACAGUGAUGUCUACGAUUGAUCUAUCCGGUAUCGGAAUGAUCGAGGUAGUACCCGUCCAUUCAUCCGUACUUGGUAGACGCCAUUGCUUUCAAGUGCGAGGAAUCGCACGCGGAGAACGCUACUACAGUUGCGGUACACGGCAGGAACGUGAUCUGUGGAUAUAUAGUUUGCGUAAAUCCAUCUCACCCAACAAGCACACCAUACGGCGCCUGGAUAAUUCGUUGAAAAUGUGGAUUUACGAGGCAAAAUCUCUGCCACCGAAGAAGCGCUAUUUCUGUGAAAUUUACCUCGACAAAACAUUGUACGGCCGAACAUCGGUGAAGCUGCGAGCCGAUCUUCUGUUUUGGGGUGAAUUUUUUGAUUUCCCCGAUGUACCAGGAGCAAACACUAUCACCGUAAACGUGUUCCGAGAGGCGGAUAAGAAGAAAAAGCGCGAUAAGCACGUGCUAGUUGGAUCUGUCGUAAUCCCUAUUGAAAAAGUAACUGCCCGUACGUUUACGGAAGAUUGGUACCAAAUUGUAAUGGAUAAGCAGGACAACAUUAUUAAAAGCACAUCCAAAGAACCGAUACCAACGCUUAGAAUCAAAUGUCGAUAUCAAUCGAUUGACAUUCUUCCUUUGGUUGCAUAUAAGGACUUUCAAGACUUUUUGAAGGAAAAUUACAAAAAAGUAUGCGAAGCGAUCGAACCAAUAAUUGGCGUUAAAGCUAAGGAGGACAUAGGACAAGCGCUGGUAUUGCUAAUGCAUUCCCAAGGGAUGGCUGCCUCUUUUUUGUCCGAUGUGGUUGCGCUAGAUUUAUUGCGAGUUGACGAUCAACGAUUGACGUUUCGUGGUAAUUCGCUGGCCACGAAAAGCAUGGAAGCUUUCCUGAAGCUCAUCGGAGAACAGUAUCUGCAGGACACGCUAUCCAUACCGAUAGCGGAAAUAAUUGCUUCCGAUCGAGAUUGUGAGGUAGAUCCUACGAAGGUGAAUGGAUCAUUAUCACGGCAACAGCAGGCUCUUCGAAGAGCCGUCAAAUCUGUUUGGACAGCAAUCUUGGAAAGCAGUCGCACUUUUCCGGUUCAGUUGCGCGAUUGUUUCGCCACAUUUCGUGAACGGUUGCAAGAUUUAAAUCGUGAAGACAUGGUCGACAACUUGAUAAGUGCAUCUAUUUUUUUGCGUUUUUUGUGUCCGGCUAUACUGUCACCAAGUUUGUUUAACAUUACGAACGAGCUACCAUCCGCUCGAGCUACACGAAAUUUGACUCUCGUUGCCAAAACGCUGCAAACGUUGGCAAACUUUACGCGCUUCCAAGGGAAAGAGAAUUUUAUGGAAUUUUUAAACGAUUUUCUUGAACAAGAAGCUCCCCGAAUGAAACAGUUUCUUUACGACAUAUCCUGCACCGAUUGUAAUAACGAGGAUAACUUUCUGGACUGGUCGGGAUGCAUUGAUCAAGGAAGGCAGCUGUCGAUUUUGCAUAGCUUACUAUCGGAAAUAGUGCUGAAGCUGUCGGCAGAAAAGCAACACGAAAUUCACCCACUGCCUGCUAUACUAGAAUCGAUCACGAAAGCAAAGGAAACUCAUUGCACUAACGCACAAACUGAAGAAGAGCAAGGUUGUGAUGGAAAAUUGCAAUACGCUCAUCAACAAGAAAGCUAUGCAGCCAAAACUAUCGGAAUUGGAAGCAAUCAGCUAGGUACCGUAUCAUCGACAUUAUGUGACAAGAAUUUAAACAUUUACAAGUACAACGAUUACACUGCCGAAGCACAGAACGUGCUACUAGUGACAAAACAGAACCAUUCAUCCAAUAGUUCAUUGGCUCAUUCCACGGGAGCCUCUAAUAAUUCACUAGUUACCAGCUUGAAGCUACUAAACGGUGCGCCAGACAAAAGUGGCAUCAGUUCCGGUACAUCGAACAAAUAUAGUUUCAAUCAUCCUCAGCACAGUACCAGCAGAAUGAACAUCGUCGGCUGCACCAGUUUGCGGACGUAUUCCGCUACCGCUACCGGAGCUGCGUCUGGUAUGAUGAACAAUAUGGCGACAAACAGUUUACGAAACGAAAAGGACAAAACAAACAAUUUGCAGGGUGAUAUACGGGCAAGUACAUUGCCACGGUAUAGCAACUACACGACAAGUGUAUCCGUUGGUGAGAAAGUGUUUGGCGGCGAUAAACCAAUAGGAUUGGGUCGCGAAAUCAAUGAAAACGCCACGCCCAAUGCAGCAAACUGCAAUCUUAUUCAGAUUGACAUAGAUCCGAGCAAUCCUUUUAAUAGAAAAAGUCCCACUCCGUUGAUGAAGAAUCUUUCCUACAGUCAUUAUAUUGCUAGCAACUGGAAUCAAAAAGGGUCGCAACAAAGCCUUUUAAGCCCUGUUUCUGAUCAUAGCGAUUUGGAAAAAAAUGCCCUUAAUUUGGGUAUUCCGCAUACUGAGACAAGCCGCGAACAACAGUAUGCUCAAUGUACCUACACGACCGCACCACAGAAACCCGCAACUGUCGCAACAAUAUCGUCGUAUGCACCACGUCGAACUACGGUAACAACCAACCCUUCAAAAAUGCCAAUGAGUCUAGAAGAUUUGGAAGAUCUGUUGAACUAUGCCGAUGAGCAAAAGCAAAGUACCAUGGGUGAUUGUGUAUCAGGUCGUAGCGCCAGCAUCACCGGUGGUGUAUGCGAGUCUACUAGCACAAAUGCGAAAGGUCUGCUUGGUUGCAACGGUAGCAGUGUAUCAAUCGGCCAAAUUUCGAACAUUUGUAGUUCGGGUUACCAAAGCAUCCCAAAUCAAUCGGCAUGUUCGAGCCCAGGGGAAUUGGCUGGCCAGCAGCGAAUAGAAUAUGUUGCCAACAAAGCACCGCCACCGCGCAAGCUAACGACCACGCUAAUUGGAUACAACACAGGAAAUGGUAUUGAUUUAUGCUUGAAUGAGCGUUCGACUACCAAAGCAGAAUUGCCGGCGUCCAGUAUUAACUUGCAGCUAUUUAAAGAUCGUGACCAAGCAACCACAUCACAUAUCACCGAUCGUCGCGAGCAUGAAAUACCGUAUAAGCAGAGCAACCCUGGUAGAAUUUUAAACAAUAAUUACGUUGAUAGUGCAUAUGAUGUCAUACCAUCGUUCAAAAGUACCCUGUCUGGAAGUGCAAUAGUUAGCACCGGCCAUAGUCCAGCGAAGACAAAUUCGCGCAAUGUCGCGCCAGAUACUGUCGAAUAUUUUGAGACCAACCGAACUACUAAUCAGCAAUCGCGACAAAAAAGAAACAUCAUGCAAGGAGCUCGUAAUUGCGGUGAUAGUAUGCACAGUGAGUCGAGCAGUGAUGAACGAUUCAGCAAUACUACGUCAGAAAACUACAACGAAUUUGACUCUUUAACCACAGCAAACGUGUCGUCUAUAGAACGAAACCCUGUUUCAAUCAACAAUGGGAAUGAUUAUGAUCCUACUGCCACUGGUCUGUACGGACGCCGAAUAGGUAGCAACCGUAUGCCGCGGACAAAUCCUUUGAUGCAGUACAAAAAGGAUGACAAUUCAUCGGAGGUCCUUGGUCAAGCAAUUGGUGGCAAUUUUGGUGUUGGUUUUCAAAAUGGACAUCGAGAUCACAGUUUUCAAAAUCGUCACCAUCGGCGGCUUUCGCUGGAGUGCGCACGGACGUUAUCCGAUAGCUCUACUGACGAAACCGAAAGUGGUAACGCAAGAACGUUCAAUGCGAACCAUCACUCGCAACAACAUCAUCACACUACCACUACUUCACAUCACAACAAUUUAAGGGAAAAUGAGAACAAAAGGCGACGAAAUCCCAACAAAUCUGUUGAGCAAUGCGAGCGAGAAAUUCAGCGACUACAAGCAUCGUUAGACUCUAUGCGUCAAAAGCUUGAAAUGUCCGAACCAUUGGAAGGAAAUACCGAUAAACUAGAGGCUGUUGCGAAACACAGCGAUAGUAAGAUUCGUAGCAUAAUCGGAAGGUUGCUAACUAUGGAAGAGGAAUUGCGGCAAGAACAGUACAAAAUGUCUCUGGUAUUGUCUCACAAGCAACGGGUAAUCGAAGCACAAGGACAGCAAAUUGCAGCCUUAGAUGCGGCCAACAAUCGACUACUUUCAGCAUUGUCUACCUUGCAGAACCGAUAUGAAAGUCAAUCUAAUCAAAGUGAUGAUACCUCAUCGUCGCACCCCAACGCGGGUGCUUCCUCUUGCUAGACGUUAACAGAAACAUGUAUGGAAUGUAAUUUUGAUGUUUUGUAUUAUCAACAGUUUUAUAAAUGAGAUGCUCUCUAAAUUUCCAAA